AUGCCGCGACUUGGGCUGCCCUUGCGGCUUCCCAAGCGGCUGCUGCAGCUGCCGGCAGGGUGUGCUGACCGCCCACUGGCUGCCUGGCGGCGUGUGCAGAUCAAGGACCUGAACAGUGGCACUUUCGGCUUUGUGCAACUCGCGCUGGAUCGAACGACAGGCCGGAAUGUGGCGAUCAAAUUCAUCGAGCGAGGGGACAAGGUAACAAAGUAUGUGGAGCGAGAAAUCAUCAACCACAGGCAGUUGGUUCACCCGCAUAUCAUCCAGUUCAAGGAGGUGUUUCUGACGCAGCAGCACCUGAGCAUCGCAAUGGAGUAUGCGGCGGGGGGCGACAUGUUCGAGUACGUUGUGCGCAAGGGGGGGCUGCGGGAGAGCGAGGCGCGCUGGUUCUUCCAGCAGCUCAUCGUGGCGGUGGACUACAUUCACAGAAUGGGCGUAGCCAACCGAGACAUCAAGCUAGAGAACACGCUGCUGGAUGGCAGCCCGCGGCCGCUGAUCAAGAUCUGCGAUUUUGGCUACUCCAAGCAUGAGAAGUACCAGAGCGCACCGGGGAGCCGGGUUGGCACACCCGCAUACUUGGCGCCAGAGGUCAUCAUGACCACAAAGGGCAAGACGUACGACGGCAAGGUCGCAGACAUCUGGUCCUGCGGUGUCAUGCUGUAUGUCAUGCUUGUGGGUGCCUACCCCUUUGAGCGGCCAGAGGACAAGCAUGACAACCAGAAGCUGCAGAAGAUGAUUCAGCGGAUAUUGCGUGUUGAAUACGACUGGCCAGCUCACAUCAAGCUGAGUCCAGAGUGCCGGGACCUCAUGUCGCGCAUCCUGGUGGCAGACCCUUCCAAGCGCAUUACCAUCCACGAGAUCCAGGACCACCCCUGGUACAUGAAGGACUUGCCGCCGGGGGUGAAGGAGAUGAACGACAACAUGCGAAUGCCGCCUGCAGGCAGCCAGGCACGUACCGAGAUCGCUGGUAUUGGGCUGUGCUGGUAUUGGGGCACUGCAGCCUCUGCAGGUAUCAUUUUUUUUCAGCUACGCUGCGUGACCAUACCCCAACCAAUGUUUCUCUUGCCUGCAGACAGAGGCGGAGAUUCGGGCUGUUGUGCAGGAGGCGCAGAAGAGCAGCGCUAUGAACCCGCCAGGCUGGGAGGUGCGCCAGUCGCCUGCUAG